UGUAAACGAGAAGUUGGGCUGAAGGAUCUCUAAGGCCUCUUCGACUCUGACGUUCCAGGAUGUGCUUCUCUGACCCAACUGUAGGCUUCCCUGAGGAUGUGCUUCCCGUUAGAGGAAUCGGCUGUGGUGCAAGAACUUGACAAGCCUGGUUUGGAUUCCCAGUGGCAGGACCCGAGCAAGUUACCUAAGCUCCCUGGGCGCAUAGCAAAUCAGGCUACUACAGAGCAUCUUCUCUGGGGAUUCUGAGGAUAAUAUGAAGAAAGGGAGGUGGGAGACCGCAUAAUCCCCUCUCUGGAGUAAGCAAGUGGCUGUUCUCGCACAGAGCUAGUAGCUGUGAUGGUUGUGACUGUUUGCUGUACUCUGUAUCUUAACCAGAAUGUCGGAUUCAUCCAGAUCUGUGUAUGAUCCCAUGAGAUAAAUGACUACCCUCGUGUUACUGAUGAGGACUCUGAGGCCCAAGGCCAUACUGGGCACCCCUUGAGUUAAGACAUUUUCUGCUCCCAUCAAGCUAGCAGGACCUGCUUCUUGAAUCCCCUGGGUGUGUCUCAGUUGCCAGUCCCAGCACCUCUUGAAAGCCCCCACUCUCCUCCAGUCACAGUGGAAGGAUCAUGGGAGAAGCAGAAGGGAAGAAAGAUGAGGCUGAUUAUAAACGACUGCAGACCUUCCCUCUGGUCAGGCACUCGGACAUGCCAGAGGAGAUGCGAGUGGAGACCAUGGAGCUAUGUGUCACGGCCUGUGAGAAAUUCUCCAACAACAACGAGAGCGCCGCCAAGAUGAUCAAAGAGACGAUGGACAAGAAGUUCGGCUCCUCCUGGCACGUGGUGAUCGGAGAAGGCUUCGGCUUUGAGAUCACACAUGAGCUGCACAGCCCCUGCUUCGGCCUGAGGACCAAGCAGCCUUCCCAUCCCCCUCCCCAGCCUGCCUCCACCUCGCAGUUGGUAACCAGUGGCUGAGGGCGUGGGAACUGCCAUCCAGCAGUUUCUCAAGGUGUCACCAGCCUCGGUGAGCCGCCUGGGCCAGGAGCGCACUCACCGUGAGGCCUGUUCAGCAGGGAACCUGGCCUGCCAGUUACUUCUCAUCAGGGACCGCAUGCUGAUUUGUACUUCUGAUCUCUGCUGGGUUUUCUAUGUUCUUUUCGAGUGUGGGGAGAGCGUUUUAGUAGAGGGUGAAUCCUAUUUUACAUAGCGGUCUUAUUUAUAUAAAUGUCUUGGUUUUUACAAUUAAAAUGGCCAAAAACUGA